AUGAUUGCAGAGAAGCCCAGUUGGAUUAGGCAUGAGGGUUUGCAUAUUUUCUCCAUUGAUGUUCAGCCUGGUGCUCUUAGGGUUGCCACUGGUGGGGGUGACCACAAGGUGCGGGUAUGGAAUAUGAAAUCCCUGGGCAGGAAUUUGUCAAAUGAAGAAUCAGCCCAGAGGCUACUUGCUACCCUCCGUGAUCAUUUUGGUUCUGUGAAUUGUGUUAGGUGGGCUAAGCAUGGCCGGUAUCUUGCAUCAGGAUCUGAUGAUCAAGUAAUUCUUAUUCAUGAGAGGAAGCCGGGUUCAGGAACCACUGAGUUUGGAAGUGGAGAGCCCCCUGAUGUCGAGAAUUGGAAAGUUGCAAUGACUUUGAGAGGGCAUACAGCAGAUGUGGUGGAUCUCAAUUGGUCUCCAGAUGACACGAUGCUGGCCAGUGGAAGUUUAGAUAACACUAUACACAUCUGGAAUAUGAGCAAUGGUAUUUGCACUGCUGUUCUUAGGGGUCAUUCUAGCUUGGUUAAAGGAGUUACUUGGGAUCCUAUUGGCUCCUUCAUAGCAAGUCAAUCAGAUGAUAAGACUGUAAUUAUUUGGCGAACAAGUGACUGGAGUCUUGUUCACAAAACAGAUGGCCACUGGACAAAAUCACUUGGAUCUACCUUUUUCAGGCGGCUUGGAUGGUCGCCUUGUGGUCAUUUCAUUACUACCACUCAUGGGUUCCAGAAACCAAGGCAUUCAGCACCUGUUCUAGAGAGAGGGGAAUGGUCUGCUACAUUUGACUUCUUGGGGCAUAAUGCUCCUGUGAUUGUGGUGAAGUUUAACCAUUCAAUGUUUAAGAGGAAUCUUUUCAAUGCUCAAGAAGAGAAAGCUGCACCUGUUGGGUGGACCAAUGGUGCUUCAAAAAUAGGAGGGAAAGAAAAAGAACAACAACCUUAUAAUGUUAUCGCAAUCGGGAGUCAGGAUCGUACAAUAACUGUAUGGACAACUGCUAGUCCCCGCCCUCUCUUUGUAGCAAAGCAUUUCUUCACUCAAAGCGUUGUGGAUUUAUCUUGGAGCCCUGAUGGUUAUUCACUCUUUGCAUGUUCUUUGGACGGUUCAGUGGCUACUUUCCAUUUUGAAGCGAAAGAGCUUGGCCACCGGUUAAGUGAUGCUGAACUAGAUGAAUUGAAGAGAAGUCGUUAUGGCGAUGUUAGAGGUAGGCAGGUAAACUUAGCAGAAAGUCCAGCACAGUUAUUGCUUGAGGCAGCCUCUGCUAAGCAAGCCCCAAAUAAAAAAGUGGUUAGGGAUGUUCAGCAAACCCAGACAGUCAAACCUUCUGCUGAUAUGGGGGUCGCAACAACAGCAUCUGAUUGUCAUGUUGAUGAUAGGAAGAAGAAUGGAGGAGCUUCUGCUGAUGAUUUAAAUAAAGUUUCAUUGCCUGCCCGAAUGAGUCCUCUAAAGCAGAGAGAAUAUAGACGACCUGAUGGUCGAAAGAGGAUUAUUCCAGAGGCAGUUGGUGUGCCUCUUAGGAAGGAAAAUAUUUCUGUUGGGGCUCAAUCCCAGGCACUUGACUUCCCUCUCAUGCCUUCUGAUCACAGAAAGGAUGAUAUUGGUUUAGUUGCUGCUGAUGGGAGGAUUAAAGAAAAUGUAAUUAGGGAGACACUUGUGAGAGGCACUGAUACAAUGGACGGACAGGGGUCCACCGCUAGAGCUAUGAUUACAAACAGCCUUGUUAUUGAGAAGGUUCCCACCUCCACAGGUAGAGAUGAAAGAAUAAAUAUAGAACAGUCAGGAACUGUGAACGCUUCUAAUACAAUACGGGGUUCUAGUCCUAUUCUUUCAAUCAGGGUGUUUGAUAAGAUGAAAGCAGAAGAUGCUAUACCAUAUUGCUUGGAGGCUCAGCCUAAGGAACAUGCUGCAAAUGACAUUAUUAACAUGGGAAAUACAUUGAUCUUGAAAGAAACAGAAAUCACCUGCACAAGAGGGUUGCAAACGCUUUGGUCUGAUAAAAUAUCAGGGAAAGUCACUGUAUUAGCUGGAAAUGUAAACUUCUGGGCUGUUGGAUGUGAAGAUGGAUGCAUCCAGGUUUACACAAAGUGUGGGAGACGUUCUAUGCCGCCAAUGAUGGUAGGAUCUGCAGCAGUUUUUAUAGAUUGUGACGAGUGCUGGAAGUUGUUUUUGGUCACCAGAAAAGGAUCAUUGUAUCUAUGGGAUCUAUCAAAGCGGAAAUGUCUCCUUCAUGACUCACUGUCAUCUCUGGUUGCUUUAAAUCCAAAUCCUUCUGCAGACGAUGCAGGCAUGAUCAAAGUUAUAUCAGCAAAGCUAUCAAGAUCAGGAUCUCCUCUUGUUGUCCUCGCUACUCGCCAUGCCUUCCUUUUUGACAUGGGACUGAUGUGUUGGCUUAGGGUAGCAGAUGACUGCUUUUCUGGGUCAAAUUUUGCAAGCUCCUGGCAUUUGGGUUUGACUCAGAGCGGUGAGCUGGCUGGUUUGCAGGUUGAUGUUAAGAAAUAUUUGGCUAGGAAGCCAGGUUGGAGCAGGGUGACUGACGAUGGAGUACAGACACGUGCUCAUUUGGAAGCUCAGCUGGCUUCUUUGCUGGCGUUAAAGUCCCCUAAUGAAUAUCGCCAAUGCCUUCUGUCAUACAUACGCUUCCUUGCCAGAGAAGCAGAUGAGUCCCGUCUACGAGAAGUCUGUGAGAGUUUCCUUGGGCCUCCUACUGGAAUGGUGGAAGCUACUUCAGAUUCAAAGAACUUGGCAUGGGAUCCUUUUGUGCUUGGAAUGAGCAAACAUAAGCUCUUACGAGAAGAUAUUCUUCCAGCAAUGGCUUCAAAUCGAAAAGUACAACGUUUACUCAAUGAAUUCAUGGAUCUAAUUUCCGAAUAUGAAAGUGCAGAAGUAAAUAUAAAGUCAAAAACUCAAACUUCACCAAAGGCACUUUCGUUAGCAGCUGAUCCAAUGGAGUCUUCUCCAUCUGGUAAAAAUAAAAUGGACUCUCUCCCUGUGCCAACUGGUCAAGCUAAGCCUAUUCCCGAAACUGAUCAGAAGGACUCCACUCAGUUAGCAACAGAUAGAGAAAAUUCUGAGUCAACAGCUGAUGAUAAAGUUAAUUCAGAUCCACCAAAUAUCAAUCACGUUAGUCUUACCCUACAUAAUGCAGGUUCUUGAUAUUUGCAUCUUCUCCCCGUCAAAGGAAAUGCAAAAGAUGGGUCAUAUUAACAGGUAUACAAUAGUUUUGAGUUUUGAUGACGUAAGAAAAUCUUUGGUGUUUACUUUACCCAUGACACAUCCAUAUCUAGAUUGGAGUCCAUUUUGCUACUCACCUUUCUGCUGAAGAAGAGCGAUUGACAAGUAUAUGAUGCGGCCUCCUGUAUCUGUUGUUAGUUAAUUUCUGGUGGUGCCCUCUCAGAUUUCAUGUGGUCCAGAACUUUGAUCUCUCACUGCAUAGUUGUAUCACUUGUAUGUAAGCAGCUUGGUGGAUUUUGUAUCUUGUUCGUUUAUUCAGCAUAAUGAUAAGAUAACUUCUCAUUUUGCUUGUAAUUCCCCCUACUGUGGCGCCAAUUCUGCCAAGGAUGAUGUGUGUAGGUUGUAGA